GCUCAUGAGCACGGCACCCAACGCAAGAGAGAGAAGGUAUAGUAGCCAGCGAGUCCCCGAGAGCGCCGAUGGACCGAACGAGCUACUAUGAUGAGCCCGAACGACAAACAGACGCGCAGCUACGAACAAUCCCAGUGUACUGCGUGCAGGAGAAGUUCAUGGCUUCCGACGAGGUGUCGUUCACGCACACGUGUCGUCAUAUUUGGCCGGUCAUCUUUGGCCUGGUAUUUCUCGCAACCUCGUCGUAUGGUGUCGGGUUCCUCGUCAAGACGUACGAAGUGGAUCCGUCGUACGGCAAUGUAACCAUGUCUGUGUUCCGAGAGGAACAAGUGCUUGGCGAGCAGUGCAGGGCCGUGGACCACGCUGUGCCGUGGAAAGAACUGAGUCGAAAGAUUCGCCAGUGCCGCCGCUUUGAAUACUACGAUCCGAUGCACAACGACUGCCAAGCGUGUCCGGCCCCGCAGCCCACAGACAAAGUGUUUGCCGUGUUUUGGGAAACCCAGAGCAAUUGCCAACAUCUCGUCGGCGAUCCGAACAUUCGAUUCGUGACGCACGUGAUGUGGUCGUUCUCAACUCUGCGCGACGAUGGCAGCGUCGAGCAAAAGCUGCAGUACUGGGACGAUAAUCACAUCAUGGACUGCAUCGCGCAACUUCGCAUGCGUUGCAUCAAGAGCAUUGUCGCGCUCGGCGGAGCUGACAAUCGAAACAUGUUUUUUGGCCUCCGCCAACCGGAAAACCUCCAACGAUUUGUCUCGUCGGCCGUGACGUUGGUGAAAAAAUAUGGCUUUGACGGUGUCGAUAUUGACGACGAGACGGCCAACAUGAUCAUCAACAAGGGCAAGUGGAAAGAUUACCAUGGUCAGACUGUGGUGGACUAUUUGACGGCGCUUCGAAAGGGCCUCGAUCAAGCUCAACUGCCCGACGAACCUCGGUACAUUUUGUCGUGGGAUGAGUUUCCCCAGUCGUGGACCAAAUCAGACUGCGAACUGUACAACUACGAUGACGGAUGGCACCGAUGCUGGGAGCCGCGUAUUGCCGACAUCGUCGAUUUCAUCAACAUCAUGUUUUACAACAUGUAUGGGUUCCCCACAUUCGGGAAUCCGUUCUUGGACCUCAUGGCUACGCAUUUGCCAGCGCUGGUCUUGCCUGCGAUCAAGGACCCGAAGAAAAUCAUUCUCGGGGCAUGCUCAGGUCAAGGGUGUGUACUUCCUCAACCGGAUGGCCAAGAGGUCAUGAAUGCUGGCAAUGGCUCGGCGUUCUAUGGAGGAACAAUGCUUUGGAGUGCGACAAUUGACAUUUUGCACGAAAAUUCGUCCUGUCUUCGUCGCAUGGGCCGCACGGGCAAUUACGGCGUCAAGAUGCCGUUUCGGGCCCCCCAUCCGUAGAUAAAAUUCUCAAUAUUCCAUCACGUAAAAGCGACAGAACGCGUUUUAGAGACUGCU